AUGGAAGGGAAGAGAAAGAAGAAGACAUUAACAGAAGGAAAUCAAAGUAGAAUACUAAAAACAAAAGAAGAAAGAAAACCAAAGAAAAAUGGAGGGAAGAAACAAGGGACAUUGAUAGAAUCAUUUGCAAAUGAUCUUGAAGGAUCAAAAUUCAGAUAUAUCAAUGAAAUACUCUAUACAUCACGUGGUGAUCAAGCAAAACAUUUAUUUGAAGAAAAACCGGAAUUAUUUGAAGAGUAUCAUCAAGGAUAUGCCAAACAAGUUGAACAUUGGCCUAUCAAUCCAUUAGAUGGAAUUAUUGAAUAUAUUAAAAAGAAUAAUCAAAUUCAACACAUUGUUGAUAUGGGAUGUGGAGAAGCACGAUUAUCACUUGAGUGUAAAGACAGAAUAGUAGAAUCAUUUGAUUUGUACAAAGCAAAUGAACGAGUUAAAGUAGCAAAUAUCACAAAAGUACCAAUUCAAAAAGGAUGGAGUGAUGCAGUUGUGUUUUGUUUAUCACUAAUGGGAACAGAUUUCCAUUUAUUCUUAAAAGAAGGGUUUCGUAUAUUAAAACCUAAUGGAUUAAUGAUUAUUGCAGAACCAAUUAGUCGAUUAAAAUCUAUUAAAGGGUUUAUUAAUGGGAUUGAACAACUUGGAUUUGUAACAAUUAAAGAAGAUGAAAACAAUGUUUUUGUAAUGCUAGUUUUCCGUAAAAAUGCAAAAAAUUAUGUGUUAAACCAAAAUCAGAUGGAAAAGUUAAAGAAGAAAGUACAUCUUUCACCUUGUCUUUACAAGAAAAGAUAA